CGGGGCUUCUGUGGAGCGCGAGGAGCGUGGGAGGAGGAGGGCGGGUUACGUCCGCCAUACAGAUGCACACCAAACGGACGUUAGAGCCCAAGGACUAGCUCACUGCUCCUCUGUUAUUCUCCAUGUGAGAUUCAUUGUCAAGAUGAAACCUGAACCUCAAGAAAACUUGGAAUUAUUCUGACUUAUUAAAUAUUCAAAAGUCAAGAUAAAGAGCUCUCCUUUAAGUCUUUUUUGAUUUCCAUCUGUGGAUCGGUACAAAGACGCUACCAUCAUGCCUAUUCUAAAGCAACUGGUGAACAACUCCAGCCAGUCAAAGCGGAGGUCCAGGGCUGACCUGACUGCAGAGAUGAUCAGCGCCCCACUGGGGGACUUCCGCCACACCAUGCACGUCGGGCGAGGAGGUGAUGCUUUUGGCGACACGUCGUUUCUCAGCACGAGGACAGGAGAAGCUCCUAGGGAGCCGCAGACAAAGCAGAGUUCUCCAGGUUCCAAGCCAGGGCUUCUUUCUCGCACCUUCAGAAGCAGUAAGAGGUCGCAUUCUGUGAACCGAGGAGACAAGUACGAGUACAACAUGACGCUGCCUUCUGCUAGCUCGUCUCAGUUUGUGAAAAAUGCCAUAUCCCUGCCUUAUCUAAAUGACGAGAGUGCAAGCAGAGGCAGUCAGCUGCCAAAGAGUGUUUCCUCGAGCCCUAUGAAGACUCUGACGGACACUAAAGACAAGCCUGUCAAUGGAGCAGCAGCAAUAGCAACUCUGGACAUGGAGAUGGAUGAGCGAAAUUUUGGAGAAGCAACGGAUUUGCCUCCGUCCAUUCCUAGAGGAGGCGGCAUGAAGCAGGCAGAGUCCAUGAUGUCCUUCCACAUCGACUUGGGCCCUUCAAUGCUUUGGGACAUUUUGGGCGUGAUGGAAAAGAAAAGCUGGGAGGACGAUGACCUUGGCUACGAAGAAGGCAAAAGCAGCGAGGGCUGCGCGUCCCCGUCCCACAUUCCCCACAUUGACGACGAUGACGCAGAAGAGCUGGCUCCUGCUAGGCCGCCCCGCGGCACGUACCAGCACCAGGCCAGGGCGGAACCCUACUCGCCACAGCUUCAGGCCAGGAACAACCACCACAACACGGACAGCUGCUCCGUGUCCAGCUCAGGAUCCGAGAGGCCGCAGUACCACCUCCACGACGGAGACACAGAGAGUGCCAAGUACAGUUCGCCACGCGGGGAAGACGAUUUCACGUACAUGGAUGAAGAUGACGACGAGAUUAGGGUGUAGACGAAGCAACUAUCGCUGCCGCGAGCAGCCUUCCAAUCAACGAGAAAACCAGUCCGGUGGACUCUCAAAGCCCCACAUAAUAGAGGAAUCAGAAUCGCUGUCAGAGCCACACGAGGCUCAAUCUAAUAUCAAUCCUCUGUUAUCAUGAAUAGAACCAAUCAAGCCUUUGUCACUGCUGUAGAGAUGUUGAAGAACUCACUCUGUCUACAAUUUUCUUGAUGUCUUGGUUAAUGCAAUCUGUGCAUCACCUCAACUCUAAGGAUAUUUUACAACUUUUCAACAAAUACUAGCCCUGUAUACACUCCUACUGGAGAAGGUCAACUAAAGAACUGAAGAAGCAAAGGUCGACCAUCGGAAUCAAGAUGGUGAAAUAUAGUAACAUGUUGCCAUAAUCAGAGGAUGUUUUGAACUAGACACUAAAUAGAUGAAGCAAUAAUACUUUCUAUUCCUGAGUGUAGAGACUUUUUGUUGCUAUUUUCACAUCUUUGUAUGUUUCUACACAACCUGGAAGAGGAUCUAGCCUAUUAUCUUAAGAUGUUGUUAUUAUUAUUAUUAUCACUCUUUUGGGAAGAUCUGUAUUAUCCAGUCGGGAUAUUUAUUCGUUGGAACAGAGCUGUCUGAAUGUGGAUUGUUGAGUCUUAAAAGUUGAAUUUGGGGGAUUUUUUGAUAUUUAUCUUUAUGAAUACUACAAGGUACUACAGAAGAAACGAUGUUUGCAUCAAUAUGACCAAGUGACUCUACAUCAUCAUCAUCAUUCCUGCUGAUAAAUCGAUACAAGUGUUGAUUGUUGUAAUUAGCUGUCCCCACCGACACGACAUUAGCAUCUCGACGGGGAUCUCUAAAAUGGCUUUAAAUGUCAGAAACUGGUGUAUCAACACUUGCAAGUGUUAUCGUAGCACAGCUAUUCCAUCGGAAGUGGUCAGGUGUGUCUCUGGUAAUUAUCACCUCCUCUUUGCCAUGCAGAUCACAUUCUAGGAACAGAUGAUUAAACCAACCAAUCGUACGGCCUUCUCUGGUCUGUUCAUUAAACGUGUUGGAUGUCAGGCAGCUGGAGUGCCUGCAGGAACAGACAGGUGUUCCUUUUCUCUUAGACCUUAGGGUUUUUAAGUCUACUCUAAACGAGAAAGCUCAAUCAAUCCAUCAGCGAUAGGAAAAGUCGACCUCCCUUUAUGACACGUGUGAGGAAACUUUUAAUUUGAAGGUGCCACAUUAUAAACGCCUCAUACUUCCUGCUGUGGCACUAAUCUGUGGUGGUUUUCACGGAAUCGGGAUGCUGUGCCAUUGCGUGCUAAGUCUUAAAAGGAAAAGUAAGAGUUUGGAAGCGGUUAGGAGGAAAUUGCCAAGUGUACGUUCUUGUUUUGAAGCUUUAGAUACUUUUUUCCGAUUCUAACACUAUUCGCCGAGAUGUUAUGGGACAUUCCUGAAAAGGGAAAUUGACGGGGAUUUUUUUACACAUCCGCGUGGUUGUGAUGUUUUUUCUUUGCAUGUGCAAGACUUUCAUACAAACGUUUUGCUAGAAAAAACUAACAUAAGUUACUAUUUUAAAUAAUGUCUUUUUUUUUCAUUUUCAGCUGAGACAUAUCUUUGCACAAUCCUCUAAAUGUCAUUUUUGUGCAGAUAUAAACAACUUUUGUUUCUGUGUGUGUGUGGGCCAAAUUUUAGGAAUCGCUGUGAAAUAUUCACUCCCAAGACUGUCGGAUAUUAAAAGUAUAAAUAUGAUUGGUACCAUCAAAGACUAUCUUUUUUUUUUUUUUUUUUGGAGGCGUAUUGGCAACUUUUAGAGGGAGUGGCACCAUUAUUAAUGUGAUUUGUAGCAGUCAGCUUAUCUAAAUUGUUCGUCCAAAAUACGAAAGUAUGCAUAAAGUGUGUAAAUGUCCUAACUGCUCGGCAUGUCUGUGGGAAACUCCAGAAUAAACUGUGUUCAAGAAUUUUGCAAAUGUUUUUGCAGAAAAUUUGCAGAUGUUGAGGGGGAGUGGCUUAAAAAAAGGGCUGCACAAACAAGCCAAGACCUCAGCUGUACGAUUUGUAUUCUUCUGAUUCAUUUUCUAUAGUGUUCGUCUCCAACUAUGUACUGUUUGUGUUACGUCUUGUGUUUUCACAGCACAUUAAUAUAUUUACUUCCUGCGCUCUCCUUUAGUUGAAAUAACGGCUCUAUUUUUCAAUAAAAAGAGAAAGCUGGUAAA